AUGAACGAAAAAAUACAUCCAAAAGUAACAAAUGUUACGAUGAAUCGAAUUGGUGAUGAUACUGACAAAGUCAUGAUUAUUCUUGGUAUUAGUUUAUAUAUAUUAGGUUUAAUUGGGAAUGUAUUAAAUAUUUGUGUUUUUACAUUAUGGUCUCGUUCAGAAAGAAAAGUCAAUGGAAAUAUUCUUAUUAAUCGAACAAAUAAUAGUUCUCUGUAUUUACUAACAUCAUCUUGUGCUAAUCUAAUACAAAUUCUCUAUCCACUUUUGAUUAAUAUUAUAUUUGAUGGUUUUCAAUAUCCCAAAACAAAUGAUAAUGUAUUUUUAACAUGUAAAUUACCAUAUUAUAUACAAGUGAUCUUGUAUCAUUAA